GGAGGCUCACCUGCAGGCCAAGGAGUAUUCAUUGAAGGGUAUAACAUGAACAUGACAUUACAGCACUAAACACGCGAGGCAGUUUGAUAAGUACCAGGGAGAGAGGAGAGUGUCCGAGCAGCUUCAUAAAGAUUUCAGCGGCAACAAAGUGUCUUUAGCGGGAUGGAUUUGGGAAAGAAAACCCGAACUUGGCCGAAGAUCCACGGACAUGCCAAGUCUAAAGCUGAUAUCUGCGACCGACACACAGUAUUCAGCAGCUGUGCUGAAGUCAAUGAACGAGCAGAGGAAUCAUGGAUUAUUCUGUGACGUCACCAUCAUCAUACAGGACAAGAAAUUCAGAGCUCACAAAACAAUCCUGUCUGCCUCAAGUACGUACUUCCACCAGCUCUUCAGUGUGGCUGGACAGGUGAUCGAGUUAAACUUCAUCAGAGCAGAAAUCUUUGAGGAGAUUCUUAACUACAUGUAUAGCUCCAAGAUUAUCCGUGUGCGCUCCGACAUGCUGGAGGAGCUCAUAAAUGCUGGACAGAUACUGGGAGUGAAGUUCAUUGCAAACUUGGGGUCACCGUUAUCGCAAGUGAAGGGUCUGCCUGGUUUGUCUAAAGAGGCGGAAAACAAAAGUGACACAUCCACAGAGAUGAUGCCGAUCAUCACUGAGUCCUUCUCAAUAUCUGCAGAGGAGUUCAAUCAGACGAGCCGCCCUGCAGGUAACGAUGAGGACUCGGAUAAUGAUGUUAUGUUCGUCUCGCAAACAGAUGCUCAAACCAGAGCAGCCAAUGACAAAGCCAACUCUGGUGAGGUCAUCGAUGUGGAUACAGCCGAUUCAGAAAAUGUAGCGUCAAAGCAAAAUGAAGAAUCAAAUCAUGCAGCUGUAAAACAUAAAGACAAAGCCACAUCCACCGUGAGGACAUGUGCUGCAAAGACUCCCAGUGACAGUUGUCCUAACCCCAGUUUGCCAGACAGCAGCCCUCUGUGCAGUCCAGACUCCAGCUCCAAUAACUCGUCUUCCCCUGCCAGAGUUUCCUCAGGAAGUGCUCCCGCAACACCAGCGAGAUCAAGCAGUUUCACCCCGGAGCCCUCGAGUGCCUCUCAGUCCUCGGAGAACAGCGAUAUAAUGGGAGUCCACAAGAAACAAGUCUCCACUUCAUCUCAGCAGGGGAAUUUCAAAAUAAGGCUCUUAGAUGUUUCUUCUGAAAGCCCAGCGAAUCAGCCUAACAUUCCCAAAUCAGCAAUAGCAGCAAAAAAGACAGUGACGCUCAAAACAGCCACAGAGAUUGAUUCCAUUUCUUCAGGCUGUAAAGUGUACGCCAAUAUUGGAGAAAAUACUUAUGACAUUGUUCCAGUGAAGGAAGAUCCAGGCGAAGGAGGCUCUAAAGCCAAUAAAGGGAAGAGGUCGUUCAUGGCGACACCUUUAAAACCCUUCGACAAAACGCCCCUGUCACCGAAGACUGGCCCAAACAAGAAGAAGACCAAAACUGAGCUUGAGGAUCACUACGAGCUGAUCAUGGACGGGAAGACUUUCUACGUGUGCAUCGUCUGCAAGCGCCCCUAUGUGUGUCUGACGAGUCUCCGCCGUCACUUCAACACACACUCGUGGGAGAAGAAGUACCCGUGUCGCUACUGUAACAAAGUCUUUGCCUUAGCCGAGUACAGAACUAAACACGAAAUCCACCACACAGGAGAGAGGAGGUAUCAGUGCUUGUUGUGCAAUGAAAUGUUCAUAAACUACCAGUUACUGUCCACCCACUGCAAGCAAGUCCACAACCAGGAUCCCAGCGGGAGGAAGGAGAAGGACGACGCCGACAACAACUUGUACCGCCUGCUGCCAUGUAAAACGGUACAGAUGAAGCCGUAUUCAUGGACGACUGAAGGGCAGGGGGGGGUCCCCGUCAUCUCCGAGGACGGCAGCGUGCAUCACAUAGCCGCUGUCAGCGAAGACGUCCACUCUUCCACCCAGAGCAGGAUGUUGAACUGGGACGACAUCUUCGUCGAGCCUGAUGCACACAUGCCGCCAGACGCCCACGCCCGACCAGGGUCAACCAUGAACAGUCCAGCACAGGGCGCCACAGAGUUUGACUUUGUUAUACCAGAGACCUACUGAGCAACACUCGCUGCUCCAGUGCCUGUGCCUUUUAGGUGCCCCACCCACCCUUUUUUCUUCUUGGUUCCAUGACAACAAUAUUCUUCAGUAAUUUUCAAUAGUGUCGGCGUAAGGUUCGGUCACAUUAGUCCUUCCGCUCAAUGAAAAUGGUGGUGUAAUAUUGCACUAAACAUGGUGAUGAUGCAGAUGCACAUGGUUGAAGGUGAACUCUGAACUGUGAGUCCACCAGAGUCAGCUGAAGAUUGCACCAAAACAGGAAAGGGAUGCUUGAAUAUGUCCGUCAUGGGAGACGGAGCAGAUAGUCGCAGUCGACGGAAGUGUAAUGUGACCGUUCCUUUACUCAUGUUACUCUGCUUUUGUAAUAGCCUUGAUCAUUAUGAUGUUAGCAAAUAAGCAUAGAAGUGGUUCACACGCAGUAAACAAGUUUAUAUGAAUGAUAAAAACUGUCCCAGAGAAAUAAAAGGUGCUCAAGGCCUAAUUCAACAGCUGUGAUAAAAAGGCAAAAAAAUCAUGUGUUUAAAUGUUCACAGUACGAGGCCUCAAAAUCUGUGUCAGCCAGAAGUUUCAGCUACAGGAUCUGAAGCACAAAUCACUGACAUGAAACAUUUAAAUCGUGCUCGGUCCUGUUUCAGCAGUGAUUUUUAACAUAUAGGCCAUGUUUCCGAAAUCAGUCAGUGACAUUAAGCAGCCCACUGAGUCCCAUUUAACAAAAUAGAAACAGGGUUACCUACUUCAGAGAGUGAAACCUCAGUUGAUGAUUAUGUAACCAGGUGACCUUGUUUUCUGGUCAGGAUACAUUAAUGUGUUUCCGAUUCGUAUAAAAUACAUUAAUGCAAUAAAAGGAGGUCGGUCCAAUCUGUCAUCAACUGAAGAAUCAAUCAGGAAUAGAUCUGAUCAUUCCUGGCCCCUGUUUGAGACCUAAUUCUGUACAAGAGAAUAUGAUCUAAAAUAUAUUUUUUCAUUAUGUGAUUGUUGGAAAUCCCACAUCAGGGUAUUGUGGCAGGGAAGAUAUACAAUUCUUAUUUAAUUUUUUCAGUGGUUGGUAAAUGAUCAUGGUUCAUUAUUUGUCCAUUGAACACCUUCUGUUUUAUUUUGAUGCACUUGUAUGUUUUUAUUUCCAAUGAUUUCCAUGUUAUGUAUUGUAUAAAAUGUUAUUUUAAUGCCAAAAUCUGACAGCUACAUUACAGUAGGCUAGAGAUUUUGCAUUCAAAUGUGACGAUAGGAUUGACAUAACCUGAGGAUUAUGUCAGUCCAUUCAGAUAACACUUAGUGUUGGAUCAUGCAGGAAAUUUGCUUUGUAAUAUUUUUAUUUCUUCCAUGGUGUCAGAAGGUAGUGAUUGGUCAGUAAGAUUAAAAAGUAGUGCUAACAUGGGAAUCUUUUCUACUUCAUGUCAUUCAUAAAAUCAUGCAAUUUCCUUUUUUUUAAAUAAACAGAUUAACAUUGGUGUGUGAUGUACAGUAUAUAUUUGUGUUAACGUUACUUUUUUUUAAUUGUUUCAUAUGUAUUUAUUAGGUUUAUAGUGUAGACAAAUUGAAAUAGUAAUUAAAUGCUUGGGUCUGUUGGCAUUUA